CUUCUACUCUAUCUAUCCCUUUGCUUCUUUAUCACUUCCAUCUGUUUUGUGCACCUCUGCAGCCGGCUGAAUUAUCAGCAACCUCCCGUUCAGACUCAGACUGCUUUCAGCCACAGGGCCCUCCGCUCCCGAGUCCUUCCAGGCACCAAAGAGGAAUGAACAACACGUUGAAGCUGCGGACACUGCACGUUAAUCUGUUAAUCCACUUUGCAGCUGGUGGCUUUGGGCCAGCUCACAAUCUCUCUGAGCCUCGGUUUUGUCCUCUGGGAAGAUAUCAUCACUUUCCAGGUCAACGCACAAGACAGAGAGCUGCAGGAGAGCAGGGAUUUUCGGUUCCACUCACUGUGGUAUCAAGAGCCCCCCUAAGACGGUGCUUGCAGGUACUCUCCGAAUACGUGCCCAGUGAAUGCACGGAUGCAUGGAACUUGGCUGCAUCGUCCUGCCUCUGGGAACAAACUCUUCGAGUUGAGGCCUCGUCCGGGUUGCUGCCUUUGAAAGCAAGGGAAGGUCGGUACACUUUGAACCAACACAGCAUGGAACUUCCAGAGAGGUCUUAUUGCAAAACUGUGUAAAGAACAAGAACCACCUGGACUUCUGGAAGGGAGCUCAAACUGGCCUGAAUUUGAAGGAGAGGAUAAUGUGUGCCCAACCUGUAACUGACACAAAGGAGAUCAAGUGGCAGAAGGUCUUGUAUGAGCGGCAGCCCUUUCCUGAUAACUAUGUGGACCGGCGUUUCCUGGAAGAGCUCCGGAAAAACAUCUACGCCCGGAAGUACCAGUACUGGGCUGUGGUAUUUGAGUCCAGUGUGGUGGUACAGCAGCUGUGCAGCGUUUGUGUUUUUGUGGUUAUCUGGUGGUACAUGGAUGAGGGCCUCCUGGCGCCCCACUGGCUUUUUGGGACUGGCCUGGCUUCUUCACUGAUUGGCUAUGUUUUGUUUGAUCUCAUCGAUGGAGGGGAAGGACGGAAAAAGAGCGGGCGGACCCGGUGGGCUGACUUGAAGAGUGCCCUCGUUUUCAUUACUUUCACAUACGGUUUUUCACCGGUGCUGAAGACCCUGACAGAGUCUGUCAGCACCGAUACCAUCUAUGCCAUGUCGGUCUUUAUGCUCUUGGGCCACCUCAUUUUCUUUGACUAUGGCGCCAACGCUGCCAUUGUAUCCAGCACACUGUCCUUGAACAUGGCCAUUUUUGCCUCUGUCUGCCUGGCGUCACGCCUGCCCCGGUCCCUGCAUGCUUUCAUCAUGGUGACAUUUGCCAUCCAGAUUUUUGCCCUGUGGCCCAUGUUACAGAAGAAACUGAAGGCAUGUACUCCAUGCAGCUAUGUGGGAGUCACGUUGCUUUUUGCAUUUUCAGCCUUGGGAGGUUUACUGUCCAUUAGUGCUGUGGGAGCCAUCCUCUUUGCCCUUCUGCUGGUUUCCAUCUCUUGUCUCUGCCCUUUCUACCUCAUUCGCCUGCAGCUUUUUAAAGAAAACAUUCAUGGGCCUUGGGAUGAGGCUGAAAUCAAAGAAGACCUGUCCAGGUUUCUCAGCUAAGUUAGAGACUUCCAUUCUGUUAUUAAGGCAAGCUGAUAGACUAGCCUCCCAACUAGUAGAAGACUUGAAGACAGUCCCAUCCUGGAAACAACAUACUGAUGUGGGUAGGGGAACAGCAGUCAAAAGAAAGAACUAACCAAAGGCAUGGGUGGUGAAGAUGCUUGUCCUUUCUGUUAUUUUGUGGAUGAAAACGCUUUCUGAGGCCCUCCUCAAUUCUUGCCUCUGCUGUAACAAAUGAAGUGGUGUGGCUUCUAUUUAUUAAAAAAAAUAACAUCCAUUAA